GAAGUUCUUGAUCCAGGAUGUGUAUAUGUGUUUCAUAACAUUUAGCAUCUAGCGGAGCCAACAUGGAGAAGUGUGAGGUCUUCGGACAUUUGCCCCAAGAUGGACAUGAGCAGGGCAACCCCAUGGGCUUGGAGCGCCUUUGCAGGUUCAAAGCUUCAGCACACCUUACACAAUAGAAGGUAUAUUGCGAGCUGUGCUGGCACUGUGACACUUGGUCUUCAUCUCUACCACCGGUUGCACAGAUGCAGAGUAGUGAGGACGAAGGCGCUGCUUCUGAGCGCUUUUGUACUGCUCGGUCAGCUGUUUUUGGUGCCUCAUGAAGAUGCAGAAGAAGGCAAAACCAGCUCUUCAACUUCAUGGCGCAGCUGUGCAUCAGCAAGAGCUUCAGCCAAGAGGUUUUCUUCUUGGAUACGCUGCACCUUCUUCUUGCACUUCUUGAUGAAAGAUGACUAUGGCCGCCUUUGGAGUUUUCAUGAUGAUGAGGCGCUUCAGGAAGCGAUCAAAUUGGCAAGGGCCCACUCCAAAUUUGGCCAAGUUGAGCGACCCUCUCGGAAGCCCGAACAUGUCACCACCAGGCAUGGCUGGCAAGUGAGAUGAACGCGGGUCUGAGAUCCUUCGUAAAAAGUUUCUGCAGGAGAUACACUGAAUCGAAGCUAGAAGAGGUGCACUGGCUUGCUGGA